CAGCUGCCUUCACAGCCCGUCUACCCUCUCAACCCAACCACCAUCCACUUUUCGAGUUCUCAAGUUUUCACAGACCUCUCAUAUAUCUAUGACACCCCACUGUCAGCCAUGUAUCCACGCCGCUCUCCUGCUUCUCCACCUCCACCGGUGUGGCUAACAUGGAAGAACUGGGAGUCGGUGGCUGUGGGCAUCUCAGAUCUACCUAGGGAGGCCAACACUAAGAUUUUGUGGGAGGCCUUUUCGGAGGAGGGCAACAUCUUCUCCAUUGACAUUUUCGAAGACCGCAACGGCAACCGAUCAAGCCGUGGGCGAAUUCGCUUCAAACCUCCUCCUACCAGAGAUUUCUGGUUGGACCAGACCUAUCCCCUAAAGUUGCGCAGCGGCCUGACCUGCUACCUCCAACUCAAUAUCGAACUGAAUUCUUAUGACCCGUGGGUUCCCAGCCCUGUUCGUGAGGGAGUACUCUACCCAACGGAGAUUGGACUCAAUCUCACCAAUUUGGAUAUCGGAGUCUGCCCAGAUGAAAAGACCUUCUUUCCAAUGCGCACAUUUGAUAACUCAGACUCCCUGAAAGCCGUCGUUGACGUCAGAAACCGAGCGCUGAGUAUCCUUUUUGACGUGAAAAUUCGUCAAUCUAAGUCAAAACACCAAAGUAACGCGGCAGCUCCUUCGUUGUUUCGGAUCCGGGUCAAGUUUUUCGAGCUCUCCAAAAUUUGGGAGACCAGGAACGACGACACCAGCGAGCAAUCGUAUCUUAUUGUUCUCGACGCUCCUGCAGUCUUUCACCGGCAAGCUUCCACGACCGUAUUUAACUCAGAGAUUAUAUGGAGAGCUUCCGAUACAUGGUAUCGGCAGACUUCUGUGGUUCACAACCCUUUGUCCCAGGCAAACAUCACUACCAACCUGCGCAAGUCCGGCCAGAUCAUUGACACGGGUCGGUGGAAUGUAUUCAAGAUUACGUUCUCCCCAGACGAUGUUGAUAAUCUGAAGGUCAUUCAUGAGAUUUUGAAAGAUCACAACAUCGUCAUCAAUGAUGGAAGCAACAUUACGGGGUCAAAUGUGCGUCCCCAAGCAGUUUGGCAAUGGAUUGACCACACAGAAUUGACCCAUGGUAUGUCUGUGCUCGAAAAUUUGUAUGAUCAGGAUUUUGUUCACUUGCCAUUCCCUGUCCGCUAUCAGCUUGAAGUAUGCCUCUCAAACAGGUACUUUUCGGAGUUCGCAGUGACCAAAAGAUUUCUCUUGAAACUCGUGAACCUCGAAGAGACCGAUGCUAAGUUUCUUCUGGAGCAUGUGGCGACAAGCAAGAAGAGAUAUCUCGACCCCAUGGAAAUUUUCACUCUCCAGUUCCGCAAGCCAAAGAUCAAGCUUAACAAGCAUUGUUGCUACAUGCGCACCGCCAGGGUGACACCGACAACCAUUUACUACAGCACGCCGACGGUGGAUACUUCCAACCGUGUCACUCGUCGGUACAUUGAAUUUGCGGAGCGUUUCCUUCGGGUUCGAUUUACAGACGAGGUGACCCAAGGUAGAAUUCAUUCCAGCUUUAACGAUAGCAAUGACGAAACUUUCACUCGGGUCAAGAGAACCUUGACAAGGGGCAUCACAAUUGGAGAUCGUCAUUAUGAGUUCUUGGCUUUCGGAAACUCCCAGUUCCGCGAACAUGGUGCCUAUUUCUUUGCACCUACGCCAAACCUGACAGCCGCUCAUAUUCGGGCUUGGAUGGGCCAAUUCAACCAUAUUCGGAACAUCGCAAAAUGUGCUGCACGGUUGGGUCAGUGUUUCUCCACUACUCGCCCUGUCUCUGGCUGUCGAGUUGACAUUAGAAUGUGCCAGGAAGUCGUCCGUAAUGGCUUUACAUUUUCUGAUGGAGUCGGCAAAAUCUCCAAGUUCCUUGCAGAGAUGACCGUGACUGACCUCGAUAUUCAAACGCGGACCGGUAAGCCGCCCUCUGCAUUCCAAUUUCGCCUUGGAGGCUGCAAAGGCCUGCUGGUUAUUUCUUCGGACCCUCGGCCUAAGGAGAUCCACAUCCGCCCAAGUCAGCUCAAAUUUGAAGCCGAGGCAGCUGGACUCGAGAUUAUUCGGUGGUCACGGUACUAUCCCGCAACAUUGAAUCGGCAAAUGAUUCUCGCAUUAUCCGCUCUCAGGAUCCCGGAUAGAGUGUUUCACCAAAAGCUCAACAUCAUGCUCGAGGACUUGAACUUAGCCAUGAGUCAGGUAGAGCCUGCAAUUCGCCAACUUCAUAGGUUCGUUGAUCCUAACCAUAUCACCAUCAGUCUAGCUCGAAUGGUGAAGGAAGGAUUCAUGCAGACAAAUGAGCCAUUUGUCACUUCGAUGCUUCAGCUGUGGAAAGCGUGGCAUCUGAAGAAUAUCAAGGAGAAGGCUCAUAUUGUGAUUGAUCAAGGUGCAAAUCUUUUCGGCUGCAUGGAUGAACAGGGAGUGCUGAAGGGCCAGUUCAAUCAAGGUACUAGUAUUCGAACUGCAUCAUAUGAAGAGAGGAUUGCUGCCAUCCCUGAGAUAUUUAUGCAAGUCUGCCGCUUAGAUGGCUGUAAGCCUGAGGUCAUCAAGGGGCUCUGCAUAUUGGCUCGAAAUCCCUCUCUCCAUGCGGGUGAUAUUCGUGUUGUGAAUGCGGUUGAUAAGCCAGAGCUGAGACAUCUUUACGACGUGGUGGUUUUACCAAAGACUGGUGAUCGAGACCUCGCUAGCAUGUGCUCCGGUGGAGAUCUUGACGGUGAUGACUACAUGGUACUAUGGGAUCAAGACCUUAUCCCUCAGAACUGGUUCAUGGCACCGAUGAAAUACACUAGUAACAAAGCGCCAGAUCUGAGUCACGAUGUUACUGUUGACGAGAUCACAUCUUUCUUCGUGACAUACAUGAAAAAUGACAGUCUACCUCGAAUUGCACAUGCUCAUAUGGCCCAUGCUGAUAAGCUUCCUCGUGGUAUCCUCGAACAAAAAUGUCAGCAGCUUGCAAAAUUGCAUUCUGAUGCUGUUGACUACGUCAAGACUGGAAGCGUCGCAAACAUGGGCCGCGAUUUGGAGCCUCGCCAAUGGCCGCAUUUCAUGGAGAAGAAGCACAAACGCCCAGAACAGAUCUACCACUCGAUCAAAAUUCUUGGUCAGAUUUACGAUGCAGUGGAGACUAAAGAUUUCACACCAACCCUCAACCUACCGUUCGAUGCCCGAAUCCUGGAUUGUGGGCUCGUUCCCGCCAGCGAGCAAUACCUCGAAUUCGCAGCAGAUCUCAAGGUGAAUUACGAUACCGCAGUUCGUCGCAUUAUGGCUCAGUAUGACAUCAAGACUGAAUUUGAAGUCUGGUCCACCUUUGUCAUGUCCCAUAACUGCCUCUGCCGUGACUACAAGAUCCAUGAAGACCUAGGUCGUGUGGCUGGAUCUCUGCGCGAGGGCUUCCGGCAGACAUGCUACGAAAAGGUCGGUGGACGCACGUUCGAAGAAAGCGCCCCGUUGGUUGUAGCCCUUUACCGUGUGACGCACGAAGAGAUGACAUACGCACUGCAAGCCCAGGCAAAUCCGGUUCUCAACGACUAUGACGAUACAGACGACCUUGGCAGCGAGGGAGGUGGUCAGAUACAGCUACCGCUCAUCAGUUUCCCAUGGAUAUUCCACGAGUUUCUUGGAAAGAUAGCGAUGGGCAAUUACAAGAUGCCAGUCGCGGAUGAGGUUCCUAAUGCCGAGUUGCCGCAGACCAGUAAAAAGAUUUAUACCCAGGCGGAGGUGCAAAUGCUCCUUGCUGGAUUGAAAAGCCUCACUACCGGGAUGGCCACAGAAUCGGAUUCGGUUGGCUCGGUUUCUCCGCAGACUGCACCUCCAGCGAACAAUCCCCAAGCUCAUUACAUUGAACCUGUAGUGGAUGUAAAUCCUCAAGUACUUGGGUUAAAACCGGGUUUUCAUCUUGGCGGACUCCACGAAAGCAAAGAGGAGGCCGAACUGUCCACUGAUACAAAAUCCCGCGUGGCCGGUGAAGGGGGCGGCGAAGGUUACGAGGCUAGAGAUAUUGUCGAAAUUGUUGAGGUGAAUGGGAGCGUGGAAUCAAGCGCUCUUGAUGAUCUGCUUCGCUUGAUCGGCAAUGAUUGA